UUGUUCCCUUUUUGAUCUACUUGUAUCAACAAUACCUGGGGAUCUUUGUACUCUACAACUACUUUUAUCAUCAUUUAUUGCUCUAAGGACCCUUGAUUCUGGGGUAUUUUUCCGCCGUCGUUCCAUCUCCGUCUAUUAAUACCCACCCUUACUCGACCUUUAAGUAUCAUCGCGUGAAAUUCUCCGUCUUCUCCAUCUCUUAGUUUGCCUCCCCCACACUGUUUCCCCGGAGUUAGAGCACGUGCGCUUUAUUGACUGUGGUCCCUCGAUGGUCUCCAAGCUGAACGAUGUAAAUCAAUCUGAAGCUAUCCGAUUCACACUGCAAUUCGCCAGGACCUCCUAUCAUCGAUUGACCCUCAUAAGAAACGCCUUUGCCGUCUGUUGAUCCCUGGCCCCUCUUCGGAGGUGGCUCAGUGGCCAUGGAUUUAUACCAAUCGAUGCUGAACACACGAGGGAUCUAUUCACAGACGCCCCCGGAUAUUCGGACACGGUUUGAUGAUCAUCCCACACUCCUGGUGAGCUGGUGGGCGACCGGAUUUUCCCUGGCGUUCAUUAUAACCCGUGUCUGUGGUCGCUAUAUCCGGACUGAGCGGUUCUUCCCAGAGGACAAGAUGAUGAUGGUUAGCGUGAUUCCGUUGUUGAUACGGAUGGCGCUGGUGCAUGUGGUACUGCUCUAUGGCACGAACAAUACCAAGACGGCUGGCCUGACCGAGGAGGAAAUACGACAGAGAGAAAUUGGCAGCAGGCUGGUCCUUGCCGCCCGAAUUUUCUAUGCGAUUUUCAUUUGGAUCGCCAAAUUCACCGUGUGCGAGUUUCUGAAACGAGUCGCAGGGAUGAUCUGGCAGCGGUCACUCCGAAUAUUCAUCCAGAUCAUUUACUACUUCCUGGCAUCAACGUUAAUCGCAGUGCUGAUUGCGACUCUCGUUGAAUGUCAGCCUUUCGACCACUACUGGCAGGUUGUUCCGGAUCCAGGGCCGCAGUGUCGCUUGGGUUAUGCCAACCUGAUCACGAUGGGGGCAUGCGACAUUAUCACCGACCUGCUUCUGGUUGCCUAUCCCAUUCCGAUCGUCUUAAUGACGCAUAUGCCCAUGAAGCGCAAGGUGAUCCUCGCAGUGCUCUUCGCAUUGUCCCUGAUACUGGUUGGGAUCACCUGCUAUCGCGUUCCGUCGGUAAUUUGGCAUCACGGGUCACAGCAAUACCGGUCGCUUCUCGCGUCGCUAGAGAUUCUAGCUGCGACCGCUGUCUCCAACGCGGUCGUCAUCGGCUCUUUCGUCAGAGAUAAGGGCGUUAAGAAGGCGAAGUUCAAGAAGGAUGUCGGUUCGGCCUCGGUGAGCGAAAGUAUGGAUCACAGCUCGACGCGACGUGCCACCAUUACCUACCAUCAAUGGGGCAGCGACUCGGAUCUCGCGGGAGACCUGGGGAUCCGACUGGCUCCUGACCUUCAAGCCUCGGACAACAAGAUUCCCCGUCCAGCUCCAAUCGCCGUGCCCUACCAUCCCCUCACAGCCCAAACGGGGAGGCUGACCCCGAAUUGGUCCUUUGACAACAAGCGUCACUCGAUGGGAACAGAUGACGACAUAACGUCGACAACCGGCAGCUUGGAGCUGAAAAUCAGCCCUCAUGAGUACCUCGAGACCAACAAAUCCCCUCACAAAAGGUCCAACGAUGCCGCCCUCUCCUCCCCUAGCAAAGUCUCCAUCUUCGAUGUAGGUGGGCUACUGGACGACACCCCAACGCCAGCGUCUCACAGCUCUUCUGCGGAAUCGAUACGUCAUCGCGAGCUGAGCUUUGGCUCGCAACAAUAUCGCAAUGGUAGCAGAGCUUUUUUGCAGGAUGUCGGGGCCUACUCCCCCAUCGAACACAAGAAAUGGCCGCCGACGGGGCUCGAGUGUCCACUUUACCGACUCGGCAGAUCACCCCGUGCCUCCGUAUCACCCCCAGCGGGAUGCGCACGCGCCCAUUCUGGAGAGGUCCGAUGAUGUGGAGCUCCAGGAUGUCGGCGGUCUUCUCUCGAAAGAUACAUGAGUCUUUGACACCUGAAUAUGACGCAAUCUAUUGUAUGAUAGUAUCAUGAUU